CUGCGUAGCUACUUCACUCAGAAGACUUGGCAAGAUUUGCCCACUUCGAUAAAAGUGAGCAAAAUCGUUUAUAUAGUGUAUAAUGUACAAUUUAUCCUGACAUUGUGACAUAAUUUAAGACUUUAUUUAAAGAAAAUAGCAGGUCCCACAACAACUGAGCAACACUAUGCGAAUGACUGCGUCACUGGUAGUCGUUUGGAGUUUGUGAUAAGGAGUUUACAAGGAGUACCUGAAGGCAGCAGAUCCUCUCCCUCAAAGUUAGCUAGCAUUAGCAAUAGCUGCAGGUAGCCGGUAGGAGAGGACCGCAGCAUCAGCAUCAUCCACACACAAUGACAUAAAACAGGCACCGGCUUUUAGUUUCCUGUAAGAGACGACGGGAGGAAUAUCUCUGACACCAGAUAAAAUGAGACGCUUCUCCUCGGACAACAACAACUUUCCCUAUGACAACAACGUGCUGGUUUUGGACAUGGUGCUGGGCUCUCUGUGGGGAGUGCCCCAGCCCAUAAACUGGGAUAAUGUGGCCAAGCUAGUUCCAGGAUUCACUUCCAAGGAGUGUGCCCAUCGCUUUGAGGAGCUGAAGACUACAGGGGGUUUUCCUCAUGUGGACAACCAAUGUAAUACCCUGACAGAAGAAAGCACCUCCCCUUCAGACGGCCCGAACACUCUGCUGGACGCUGGCGAGGUGCUGGAGACAGGAAGCAGCCAGAGCAGCAGCAAAGUUACAGGCUCCAAAUCGACGGCCACAGGAAGAGUUGGUGCUGCGGAGAAGAAAGAGAGACGAGUCUCAUCAGAGGAGGAUGACAAACCUCAGAAGCCACGAGAUCCCAACAUGGUCAUCCAUGUGUGUGAUGAGACCAAGAACCUGAAGCAGGACUUCACAUGUCCCAGAGAUCUUCUAGUUAAAGAGAUGCGUUACUUCGCUGAGUAUUUGUCUGUGGACGCCCAGAGGUGGGAGGAGGUGGACAUCUCCGUGCACUGUGAUGUGCAGAUCUUCGACUGGCUCAUGAACUACGUCAGGAGGAACUCUGCAGGAGAGGGAAACAGGGACAAACCCCGCCUUGAGCCCAGCAAUGUCAUCUCAAUCCUGAUCUCCUCCGAGUUCUUGAAGAUGGAUACGUUAGUGGAGGAGUGCAUCCAGUACUGCCACAAACACAUGAGCGCCAUCGUGGCUACACCCUGCAACAUGAACUGCAUCAACAGCAACCUGGCCACACGCAUCGCCGAGCUCUUCAACCACAAUGAGGCCGACGACAUCAGGGACAAAAAGGACAAGUUCAAAAGCAAAUUGUUUCAGAAGAAAAUUGAGCGUCUCUUCGAUCCCAACCACCAGAGCAGAGAUUCACCGGGAAACGCCUCGACUCUCUACCGGUGUGGUCUGUGCCUAAAGAUGCUGACCAAAGACACGGAGAGGAAUAUUUCUUGUGUUCCAGGGAAAAUCAACAUUGAUGCUCGCGGGGAGAUCAUCUAUACACACACUAAGCAGAAGAGCUGGGAUGUGCAUGAAUACCUCGGCGGCCUGUAUGAGGAGCUCAAGUCCUGGGUCCUGGUCUACUGGAGGAUCUGGGGAACCAUCAACUGCCUCCCCUGCUCACGAUGCCAACAGGUGUUUGUUUGUGCAGAGCUGACGCAUUGCAAGUACCACCCAGAGAGUGUGCUGUACCCUGGCAUGGCCACAGAGAAAGGCUGGCAUGGUGCAGGAAUGUACCCCUGCUGCAACCAGAGGGUUCUCCGCUUUGACCCCUCUGGUAUGCCCAAGGGCUGUAAGAUGCGAGACCACAUCGUGAACGUACCUGAUGAAGAGAACUGUGACGAGGUGACCUCCGCUCAGACCAGAGUACUUAACGACCUGCUGCUGCACAGAGACGCAGUGUGUUUGUCCAACACACCGCCUGCAGAGGGUGUUGAAGAGAGUCCAUCCAGCGCAGAAAAGGUUCAGGACUGUGAUGUUCUCUUGGAGCCAACACUGCUCGGACCUCUGAGAGGAGAGGGCAGCAACAUUUUCCCUUUUGAAAAACGGAGUCUGCAACUGAGGCAGCCGUCUCUCCUGUCAGAGGAUGAGGAGUACACCACGGGGUCAGAGGUCACUGAAGAUGAGGUGGGGGACGAAGAGGAGCUGUCCAAGAAACAAGCUGCUAAGAAGGCCAAGAAGUCCCACAGACCUCUGAAAAAACAAAUGUCCUCUCCAAACUUUCAGCGCAAAGACAAAGCAGAGAAAUCACAGUCCAGGGACAACACACCUUUCAUAGUGAGUGUCCAGAAAAAUAAGUGGGACAGUUCUCGCUCCAUGAGAUACAACCAGGACGCUCAGAGGGAAGAAGACCAGCGUCGUAUGGUGGAGAUCAUCGGCUACCUGACUAAGAUGAGGUUUGGAGACCAGGAACAGAACAAAUCUAAGGACACUAAAGAGCCUACAGGAGGACUCUACUCAAGAGUGGAAGCGCAAUUUAAGAGUUCCUCUGAAGCUAGACAGAGUUCAGAGAAGACACCCAGAUCUAAAAUACGCUACGCUCAGAUCCGGACAACAUAAAGGACCUGAUGGAGAAAAGGCCACUGAGCCGUCUAAGAGACGAGCAUGAAAACUGACAGAGCUCACGAAGAGUCAAGAGAACAAAGAUGAAGAGGCGAGUUCCUUCUGUGAGGGCUCUGCACCUCAAAAUAACUUCCUACUAGCAGCCCCCUCAAAGCACGGCCACCACUUAUAACCCAGCUGUGGACUCUCUCCUCACCCUGUUGCUUAACUCAGGUGUAUUGAUGUAUUCUAUGUAUUGAUCACCAUCAAACCGCUCCCCUCUGUCACUCAGCGAGCUCCUUAUUUGUGCAGCUGUGGUCAGUCUGUAACAACAAGAUCUCUGGAUCCAGCUCAGCCUCUCAGCGUGUCUUCAGGAUCUCGUUUGGGAGCUAAACAAGUGAGAAUGAGAAAUGCUACUUUUAUUCUUUUCCGACUGUCAUCUGUUACGGGAAGAUUGGAAUUAUUACGAUCCAUUUAACUCCACACGUAUAGGACUGAAAAACUAGUUUCAGAGAGAGAAGUGGGAGUUGAGUUUACAGCUUCAACACGGUCAAACUGCAGAUCGCAGGACACCCGUUCAUUAAACUCACUCUGUAUUAACAACGUUCCCCGCAGCUCUGGUAGCAAUAUAGGUCUAGUCAUUCCUGUCUGUAUUGGAAUGUGUGCACUGUACAACACUGGGACCAAUAAAACAUGAA